AUGGCUGAGGUUUCCAGGACCACCGAGGAGCAGAGCAGACCUGAGGACUCUGUGGACACCUUCAAGUGGCUGGCAGCUGCAGGUGAUGUGAAGAAAGUGGAGGAAACGGCCUCCACCUGCUGCAGUUCAGACAGUAAACCAGUCGUCAAAGACCCACACCGCUACAACAUGGAAUACCCUUGCAUCGGAACCUGCCUGAUCAUCAACAACAAGAACUUCCACCGAAGCACCAAAAUGGAUUUCCGUGAAGGGACAGACGUGGAUGCUACUUCUGUUCAGAAGACCUUCAAGAGGCUCGGUUACAAAAUCUCAGUGUUCAACGACCAGAGCGUGGAGGAAAUGAAGCGCCAGAUGGAGCGUGUUUCUCAGGAGGACCACAGUCAGAGUGCGUCCUUCGUGUGUGUGCUGCUCAGUCAUGGAAAGGAGGGGGUCAUAUACGGCACAGACGGCGUUGUAAGCAUCGACACCCUCAUCGGAUAUUUCAAAGGGUACAAAUGUCUGAGUCUGGUGGGGAAACCAAAGCUCUUCUUCAUCCAGGCAUGUCGAGGGUCGGCUGUGGAUGAUGGGGUGACGAUCGAGACCGACUCUGUGGAGGAGCAAACAACAGAGAAGAUUCCCGUGGAGGCAGACUUCCUGUAUGCGUACUCCACGGCUCCAGGCUAUUUCUCCUGGAGGAACCCCUUGAAAGGCUCCUGGUUCAUCCAGUCUUUGUGUGAGACUCUGGAGAUCUUCAAGGGAGAACUGGACCUCAUGCAGAUUCUGACCCGGGUCAACAACAAGGUGGCCCGCCACUUUAAAUCGUUCUCGAACUUUCCUGUGUCCAAUAAGAAGCAGAUCCCCUGCAUCGUCUCAAUGUUGACAAAAGACUUUUAUUUUCCUAAGUAA